AUGGGGCUUCAACGCGUAAGAGAGUAUAUCUCCCAACCCUAUACGCAUCCAGGGGAGGGGAAGCUGGUUCGAAAAAUUGAUUUCUUCAUCUUGACAUUCUGCUGUCUCUCUUAUUUUACCAAUUACCUUGAUCGUUCGAACUUGGCAAAUGCUUAUGUGAGUGGAAUGAAGGAGGAGUUAAACUUUCAGGGGAACCAGUUAAAUCUCAUCAACACGGUUUUCACUGUUGGAUAUGUCGUCGGCCAAAUCCCCAGCAAUCUCGCCCUCUACCAUAUGAAACCCCGCAUCUUCUUCCCCAGCAUGAUGAUUAUAUGGGGAGGUCUCACGAUGAUCACGGCCGCAGCCAAACAUCCCCGCGAUAUAAUGGCCAUUCGAUUCUUCCAAGGCAUUGCCGAAGCUAGUACUUUCGUCGGCACACACUACAUCCUAGGUUCCUGGUACACUGCUCGCGAGCUCGGAAAGCGAAGUGGAAUUUUCACGUCCUCUGGUCUAGCAGGCACAAUGUUCGGUGGUUUCUUGCAAACAGCAAUCCAUUCCUCCCUAGACGGCGCCAAAGGCCUUAGCGGGUGGCGCUGGCUCUUCAUAAUUGACGGCCUGAUAACCAUCCCCAUCGCCAUCUACGGCUUGCUCCUCUUCCCUGAUACGCCAAGCACAACCUCAGCCUUUUACCUCACUCCAGCAGAGCGUGCGCUAGCCAUAUCGCGCGUUCCCGAAGUCCCUGAACGAAAGCCUUUCAAUCUAUCCUUCGUCAAAAGAGUCUUUACAAGCUGGCACUGGUACGGCUUUGUAGUACUCUGGAUCAUAGCUGGCGAAACGGAAUCCUUCUCCUCCAACUCCCUCCUGGCAUUAUACAUGAAAUCCACAAAACGAUACACUGUCGCCCAACUUAACAACUACCCCACGGGUGUCCCCGCCGUCGGCAUAGUGUCAACGCUCUUCUGGGCAACGCUUACCGAUCUCCUCGCCGGAAAGAGAUACCUAGUAGGCUACUGGAUAGCUAUUACGGGGAUCGUAACGGCGGGUAUGAUAUUGAAUAAUAAUGCAAGUGUGGCAUCGAUAUUUGGAGCAUAUUAUUGGGCUGGAACCGUUUAUGCCUGUCAGGCUACCUUCUUCGCGUGGGCGAAUGACGCGAUGAGGUAUGAGGAGGAUAGUCUGAGAGCUGUCGUUAUUGCCGGGAUGAAUUGUGGAAGUAAUGCUGUGAAUGCUUGGUGGAGUUUGUUGUUCUAUUCGGCAGAUAUGGCGCCCAGGUUUACUAAAGGUAUGUGGGCUAUGAUUGGUACGUGUCUCGCAAUGGCGAUAUGGACAAGCGGCUUGCUAUUCAUGACAAUGAGGGCCGAGAAGGCGCGCCAGUUUGAAGAGGCAAGAGUGGCGGUUGCAGAGAAAGGAUUCGAGGUCACCGAGGUAGAGGGUGCCGCUAAGUCUUAG